AAACGUGGGUGGGGUCUUGAUGCGCAACCAGGCGGCAAUGUGCACUCCACAGCAAAGCCUCCAACCGCCUGCAGGAGGAAGCAGGAAGCUCAAGCAUAUAGAUUGUACCGACUAGCCCUGACAUUGAUAAAGUGCCAACCAUAUCCACCAGCACCAUCAUGGCGUGGCCGUGCAUCACGCGUGCUUGCUGCAUCAAUCGUUUUUGGACCGAGCUGGACAAAGCGGACAUCGCAGUGCCUUUGGUUUUCACCAAAUACUCUGAUGUGGCCGACGUGCACCACCUCCCCCAGCGCAAGCAGCCGAGACGGGUUGCUGAGAGCCAGCCGGAGGUCGCGAAGGCACCACCCUCCUGCGCCGCCGAGCCACUUGCCGCAUCGGGCAAGGACGCAUCCUCCAAUGCGUCCGUCAUGCGCCAAGACUUCCAGGCGUGGAAGGUGCGACCGGAGCCUAGCUGCAAGCCCAGAAACGAGUACCAACCCUCGGCCGCACCGUUCAUCCCGGAGACCCAGUACCAGAAGGACUACAAAGCGUGGCCCAUCCCGAAGAAGCACGACCACCCGUGGAUCCCCAAAGCCGGCCUCGCCCCCACUACCGGAGUGGGGAAGGUGGAGCGAGUGGAGGUGGAGACCGGCGUAGAGAAGAGUGAGAUAGAGGAGAAGCUACAGGAGAAGGAGGUGAAGGAGCCGGCCAAGAGGGAAAAGUCUACGGAAAGAAACGACGUCGAGAAGAAGGUUGAAGUGCAGGUGUGCUCCGAUGGGCAGCAGAUAAAGAAAGGCAGGGCGGUCGCAGACGCUCUUAACAGACAUAUUAAGGAGACCAUGUCGACUUCCAGCAGCUACAGAACUGAGUUCAAGGCCUACAAGGAUGUCAAACCAGUCAAGCCCAUCAAGGCUCCAUCCCAGUACAAACCUCCAGGGGAGGAGACCAGCCUGGAAACCAGCUACAGUGCCACGUUCAGGGGGGAGCAGGUCAAGGCCCAGCCCACUGACAACAAGCUGAUGGAGCGCAGGAGGAUACGUAGUCUGUACAGUGAGCCUGGCAAGGAGCCCCCCAAGGCUGACAAACCAGCGUCUCGCACCAGGCCAAAAAAGACAGCGACGACGACAACGAAGGUGGUGAAAAAAGCAAAAGAGAAGCAGCUUAAGAAGAAAGAAGCGGCUGCCGUGGCCUCCUCAGAAACUCCAGCAGAUGGAGGCGUCACUAAGAAGAGCAAAGAGAUAAGCAAUAGACUGGCCGAGGCGAAGCAGUAGAAAAAUAGCAUCAUGUGCUUUAUUUGCAAGAUUUACUUGGUUCACUGCCUUUUCCUUAUUUAGCUGUCCAUUAUUCCACUAUGUGUGUGUAAAAGACUGUGUGUGGGAGCAAAGCUGCUUUUUAUUGAGCACAUAAUUUGCACAUUAUUUCUAGGAGGCCUCUUUACUCUAAACGUAAGAGCCAUCGCUACAGUAUGUGUGCUGUACAAAAGGGCGUUUUUUUCCUACAGAAUCACAUCCAAUGAUUGUAUAAACUCAUUUUUAGGUUUUUGUGGGGAGGGAGUGGGUCCAUUUCCUAUAGUUGCAGUGCCUCUGCUGUUAGGUCCUGGGUGUUGUUUUUCCUCUUCAUCCUUUUGGGUGAUAUCCAGUUUCAUUUUGUUGCUAAGAAACCAAAUCAAUUUACUAGAAUUCCCUGCAGCUUUCAUAUGCAAGCCUCCCCGCCUUUUUUUGGUUGAGUAGUGAUACAGUAUUCUAGCAUUCUCGCUUGUAUGAAGCCUUUUAAGGUAUACAUAUAUACUAUUUGAAAUAUACAUUGCCCUCCGGAAGUGUUGGAAAGGUGAGGUCAAUUUCCAGGUAUUUGCAUCUGGAUCGGAUGCACAGCUUAGGAGAUAGCACCUUUUUUUUGUUUGACACCCCCCCCAUCUUUCAUGUGAGCACUGUGACUGACAGGUGUGUUUUGUUGCCCAGGUGUGUCCCAUUGCAUUGCUUAUUCAACUAAUAAAUAGCACUGAAUGUCUAUGUUCACUUUCAGAUUGGGUAGGAUAGGUUUUGCCUGUGUAGACUGCAUUUAGAGGUGAAAACAACAUGAAAACCCUGAGAGCUGUCAAUAGAGGGGAAAAAAAAGUAAUCGUGAAUCUGAGAAAAGAUGGAAAGUCAAUCAGAACAUUGGUAAUAGCCACUACAUUCAUCUGGAAUGUCCUGAAGAAGAACGAAACCAGCGGCACAGAGAAGGAACGUCAGGAAGUAGAGCGUGUCAACACCACUGUCGACACACUCGACACUCGACCAAGCGAUCCAGUUCCAGAAAGAAGGCUCAACAAACUCAAAAAAUAUAAUUUAACAGGAUUUUUUUUAAACAUAAAAAAUGGAAAAAUCUGCAAGAAUAAAGUCAAAAUAUUAACAGGAAAAAGUUGUAAUUUUAUGAGAAUUACAUCGUAAUAUUAUGAGGAAAAAUAUCAUUUUAGUAGCAUGAAGUUGAAAUAUCUUUUAAGUUGCAAGCAAAACAACAAAGUUGUCAUUUUUUGGAAAAUUAGGUUGCGGAAAAAGUUAUGUUACAAACAAUUAAGGUCAAAAUAUGGGAAUUAAUGUCAGAAUUCCAAGAAAAAAAAAUACCAGAAGGAAGUUGAAAUCGUUUGGGGGGGGGGGACUGAGGAAAUGAGAAUAAAAUACAAGAAUAAAAUCAAAAAUAUUUGUAUUAAUAUACUCUUCCUGGUGCCAAGAUUUGACAGUCAUUUUUAAUACAUGCUCAAAAACAAGCCAGUCUUCCCUUUCCGGAGAUUGCUAAUGUAGUACCGUUCAUGUCCAUAAGAGGGCGACAUUUAACUAAUCGUGGUGUGAAUAGUGCUUCAAGUGCUAAAACAGCUACAUAUAAAACUUAGCUAUUUUCAAUUCAAUACAUUAUUAUAGACAGGAAUCCCAAUUCCAUGUUCCUCACUGACAUGACAAAAAACAUUAACACUGUUAAAAAAAAAAAGGAAAGCAAAAACAUCAACCGACAAACGGAAUAGGAAUGGAAACGAUAAAAAAAAAGUUAUUCAUGAGAUCGCAGAACCACUGACAUACAUCAGUAACUUAUCAAUCCAGACUGGUAAAUUUCCAAACAAAAUGAAAACAGCAAAAGUAUACCAAUUUUCAUAAAUGGAAACAAACAUCAAUUCACAAAUUACUGACCAGUUUCCCUAUCACCACAGUUUUCUAAGAUAAUUGAAAAGCUGUUCAAUAACAGGUUGGAGAAAUGUAUUAAUAAGAAUUAAUUACUUGCGGACAGCCAAUACGGAUACAGAGCUAACAUGUCAAAUUCCAUGGCACUAACCGAAAUUACAGAGGAAAUUACCAACGCUAUAGACCGCAGAAAGUUUGCAGCUGCAGUUUUUAUGGAUUUAACAAAAGUCUGCAAUACAAUUAAUCACAACAUCCUAAUUACAAAACUAGAAAGACAUGGAAUCAGUGGAUUCGUCUUGAACUGGGUUAAAAGCUAUUUAGCAGACAGGAGAAAAUAUGUGACGCUUGGAGAAUAUACAUAUGCAAGCUUAAAUGUUGUGCGGCGUACCCCAGGGGUCAAUACUGGGACCAAAACUGUUCAAUCUAUAUAUAAGACAUCUGUAAAGUCACGAAAAAUCUAACGCUAGUAUUAUUUGCAGACGAUACAACCGCAUUCUGUUCUGGAGUUGGCACACAAGAGCUAAUAAAAAAAAUCACAGAUGAUUUAACCACACUAAAGAGAUGGUUUGAUAAAAACAGACUGUCCCUGAAUCUAAGUGAAACUAAAAUAAUGCUAUUUGGUAAGUGCAAAAAGGAUACGCAUGCGCAAAUACAAAUUGACCUGUUUGGAUGUUGACAGGGUGAACGAAAAUACAUUUCUGGGGCUCAUAACAGAUGAUAAUAUGAGCUGGAAAUCUCACAUUAAAAAUAUACAACAUAAAGUGGCAAGAAAUACCUCAAUACUGAAUAAAGCAACAUUUGUUCUGGACCAAAAAUCACUCCAUAUUCUCUAUUGUUCUCUGUGGAGAUACGGGGGAAAUAAUCCAUAAUGCCGCUUACAGGGAACAUACAAACCCUUUAUUCCUAAAAUCACCAUCCAUCCAUCCAUUUUCUAUGCCGCGGGGGUAUGCUGGAGCCUAUCCCAGUUGACUUCAGGCGUGAGACGAGGGUACACCCUGAACUAGUCGCCAGGCAGUCGCAGGCAAACAAUAACCUGCUACCCAAAAAUGUAAAACAAGAAGGAGAAAUAUGACCUUAGAGAAAAAUUAUACUUAAAACACUGACAUGUGUACAAUGCUAAAAACCUUCAGCAUUUCUGUAUGUGGAAUCAAAUUAUGGAACAGAUUGAGUAAGGAACUCAAACAAAUGCACUAAAAUGAGCGAUUUAUUAACCCUUUUUUUUGCUUUCUGUUGGACAACACAUACACGCAUAAAAAAGAUGAUGUUCGGAGUUCGGAGUGUUCAUGAAUGCGCCUCAAGAAUGAGCCAAGUGUCGUUCCAAGGAGACAUUGUCUCUCACCAGAUGGGGUCGCUAAUGGGACAAAAAAG